CCAACAAGCGAAACUAUUCUCAGUAUCUGCAGGCUGCAUCUUCCUCGUACUGAGCUUGACUCUCCCUCUAUUAUUAUGGCAUUCCUUAGUAUCCAAAAUUCUAUCUUUUCUAUCAUACAGCUCUGCUUCGUAGCUCUCCAGCGGUGAACACUGCUCCUUUGUAUUGUUGUGUGUGGCCCUUGCCUCUCGAUUCUGCAUUUAUCACUAGGUUUGAGGCCUCAUUAAAUUGGAUUCGAAAGCGGGGAGACUGCUGGUUGCUUGCUGAUGCCUUGGUUGUAAAACUACGAACAGAGCCAAUGUUAUUUUCUGUAAUUGUGAACAUAGUUGUUCCCUUCCGUAGUUUUAUCGGACUGCCUUCUCCUGUUGUCCAACUGAUGUUAUUUGGCAGUUUGAUUUCACUUCAAACGUGUCAUAAGUUAUUUGUGGUUCUUCUAAAAACCAAUGCAACACUACUCUUGCUCGAAACAUUGUCAAGUUAGACGCAAGCAGAGGAAGCAACGACCAUAAUUCCUCAAUACCGCUACUUUAAAACCUCUCCAAAAAUGUAAGGUGUUCCUUCGUAGAAACCCAACUCAACACUCAAAAAACCAAAAAAAUUAUGUUUUCCGAAAAAGAAAAUUGAGAGGAAAGUUGCUCUGCAAAUUCUCUGAGUGUAGUGGACGAAUUCUGACUCCUAAACAGCAGUUGUAAUCGUAAAAUCUGUUGCUCGAAUAUGAUAAAUUAGAACCGUACUGGAGUCUACAUUCCCACAGGCGCUGGAACAAAAUAAGUGUUAGAUACACUUAAAAAGUCGGAGAGUAGAAAAGAUGGUGAAAGUUGAGACAGCAGCAGCUGCACAGGCUCCGCUCACGACAGUUCCAACGCUAUUUGCACUUCCUCCAGAGCGGCAGCUCUCAAUCCAAAGUGCAGGAAUGGAAAGGCAGCUGUCUACUACUAGUGCUACAUCAGCCAAGUGUUUCCCAGUGGAGUGCAUGAUCGAAAGUAGCUACUUCACCACCCCAGUUGUGUCCCCCCCCAACAUCUCUCUCACACGCAAGUUUGCGACGGAGCUGAUAGGGACAUUCGUGCUGAUAUUCGCUGCCACUGCCACGCCGAUUGUGAACGAGAAGACAAAGGGAUCAGUCACUCUGCUUGGCAACGCUGCCACAGCUGGGUUAGCCAUCAUGAUUGUCAUCUUUGCAACAGGCCACAUCUCAGGUGCCCAUGUCAAUCCGGCCAUAACCAUUGCCUUCGCUUCUCUUCGCCACUUCCCUUGGGUCCAGGUCCCAUUUUACAUUGCGGCUCAAGUGCUGGGUUCAAUUGCAGCAUCAUUCACUCUCAAGGGCAUCUUUCACCCCUAUAUGCACGGCGGUGUAACAUUGCCGCAAGGAGCUUACUGGCCUUCGUUUCUGCUGGAAUUCAUCAUCUCGUUCAACCUCAUGUUUGUGAUAACAGCAGUUGCGACAGAUACUCGUGCAGUAGGGGAGCUCGCGGGCAUUGCUGUUGGCGCGUGUGUGAUGAUGAAUAUCAUGAUUGCUGGUUCAACAUCAGGAGCAUCAAUGAACCCAGUGCGCACCCUCGGUCCAGCAAUCGCUGUCAACAACUACAAGGGCAUCUGGUUGUACAUGCUGGGACCAGUGCUGGGCAUGCUCGCUGGAGCCACCGCUUACACUGCUGUCCGCUUGAAAGAGGAAGACCCUCCCCGCCUCCCAGUUCGCGUCUUCCAUCGUUGAAAUGUUUCAGCAAUUCUGGGAAUAGGUACACUACUAAUUGCAUAUAACCAAAUACAUAUAAUAAUGCUGUCAAUUUAGAUCGCGGCGCUUCUCAAUCCUCUGAUUUCUCAUGUCACGGACAUGCUUUCUCCCUCCCUCUCUGGUCUAAGUCUACUCUGUUGACCUCUUCACUAUGCCUCUCUUCCUCGUCCAAAUUGUGAUCAAUUUGUUGGAUUUCUUCACCCCUUGUGUCGUCUCAUCUUCUGAGAUUCCAACUCUUCACACCCUUUCGUAUUGAAUUGUCUUCAUAUCCCAAUCGAUCUGUACUGCCGAGCUUCCCCUGGUUCACUUCUACACUCCAUUAUCUUAACUCCGAAUCAACUUCCUCUCCUUCCUGUUCCCUCUGACCAGUCGAAUUGUACACAUCCGUCCAAGAGAGUUGAGACCUCCGUAUCCACAGAUCUCAAGAAGGUCGACAACAGCAGCCAUUUCGACGUAGUAUUCGAAUGUUUUCGUCUCUAUGUUAUGUGAUGCACUUUAAUUAACAGACACUGCCCAGUGUUUCUCCUGCAUGUCUUACCAACUUAUCAAGGUCAGGUCCAUUUUAUGUGGAGCCUAAAAAUCUUGAUUCAUGGUGGCCUCGUACUUGUGCGGUGAACACGUCGUCACAGUAUUCCUGCAUAAAUAUAUAUACUAUAUUUGAUCAUUA